GCCGCCGCCGCCGCGCCUCCCUUUCAAUCUGCGCCCGAGGAGGGAGCCAGGCGGGCAGGCGCGGCCCCUCCCCGCUGGGGGGACGCCGACGACGCCGCCGCCUCUCUGCGCCUCGCAGGUCGGCGGCUGCUGGGCUGGGCCGCCUCUGCCCAACUCUGUGCCGGACGCAGCGCCUCCAGCGGCGGCGGCGGCGGCAGGAGGAGGCGGAGGCGGAGGAGCGGGCGGCGCCGCGUUCGGCACAGCCGGCUUGUCAUUUGCCGAGGCCCUUUCGCGCCGGGCGCAGCGAGCGGCGGGGCGGCGCCCUCCUCCUCCUCCUCGCCGCGGACGGGCCGCCGCCGCCGCUGCCGCUCAUCCUCCUGCUGCGGGUGGCCCGCCCGGCCGUGCCAUGGCGCGGGGAAUGGCGUCGGCGGCGGCGCUGCUGCUGCGCCCUCAGCCGUGCGCCCUGGUGGCGGCGGCGGCGGCGCUGGCCGUGUACGCCUUCUACUACGUGGGCUCCGGCGGGCCCGGCGGCGGCGGCGGCGGCGGCGGCGCGGCCUCCCCGCCGCCGCCGCCUCCUCCUCCUCCGUCCGCGGGCGCCGCGGUGGUGCUGGAGCCGCUGGCGGCCGAGAGCAAGGCCAAGGCGGCGGCAGAGGGCGGCGGGCCGGAGGCGGCGGAGCUGCACGUGGCGCUGGUGCUGGCCAAGGCGGAGCGCAACGCGGCGCUGCGCGGCAAGGCCGAGGUGGCGCUGCGCUCGCUGGUGCGCUGGGGCAAGCUGGAGCCGCGCCAGGCGCUCGCCCUCCACCUGCUCAGCGACGCGCCCAGCAAGGCCCUGGGCAAGGAGCUCCUGCGCGGCGCCCUGCGCGGCGCCCCCUUCCAGUACAAGGUGAUAUUCCAUGACGUGGACGUCUUGACAGAGAAGGUGCUUCCAGUUGUGGAGAACAUGCAGAAGCUCUUCAGCGCCGGCAGCGGCACCUACUACAGCGACUCCAUCUUCUUCCUCUCGGUGGCCAUGCAUCGCAUCAUGCCCAAAGCAGAGAUUUCGCGGCUCAUCCAGGUGGACUUGGACGUGGAGUUCCGGGCCAACAUCCGGGAGCUCUUUGAAGAAUUCGAGAACUUCCCAGAAGGCGCCGUGAUUGGCAUUGCCCGAGAGAUGCAGCCGGUCUAUCGGCAUCUCUUCUGGCAGUACCGGCAAGAGCACCCCGGGACCCCAGUGGGGGAGCCCCCCCCGGACGGGCUGCCCGGCUUCAACAGCGGCGUCCUGCUGCUCAACCUGGAGGCCAUGCGCCAGUCGCCGCUCUACAACCGCCUCUUGGAGCCGGAGGCCCUGCAGCAGCUGGCGGCCAAGUUCCACUUCAGGGGCCACCUGGGGGACCAGGACUUCUUCACCCUGCUGGGCAUGGAGCACCCCCAGCUCUUCCACCCCCUCGACUGCACCUGGAACCGGCAGCUCUGCUCCUGGUGGCGCGACCACGGCUACAGCGACGUCUUUGGCCACUACUUCCGCUGCGAGGGCCACGUCAAGCUCUACCACGGCAACUGCAACACGGCCAUCCCCCAGGAGUAGCCGCCCGGCAGGGGGAGUGGCCCAGCUGCGCUCCUGGCUUGCCCCAGAACGACGCCCACCCCAGGGUGCCUGGGUGGGUGGGGCGGCUCCCCCCCCUGCAUGCCCCUGCAGAGACGUGGGCCGACCCCUUCCGGAGCAGAGCCCCCCUCGCACUGACUGGAGGGAGGGGUGGGAGGGCUUCGUAGCGGGGCUGCUGGGCUGGAGCCCCCCUGGGGCUGAGGCCGCCCCCUGCGGCUCCCUUGGCAGCUGGGCAUCCUCCACGGCAACCACACGCAGGUUGGGGCACCAGCGGGGGGGGGGGAGAGCAGCAGCGGAGCAGAGCAGCGCCCGGCCCUUCUCGGCAGCCUCCUCUCGGGCUCUGGGGCCCAACAGCCCCUCUGUGUGUGGGGGGGGGGCUCUGCCUGGGACCUCCGGCUCCAGCUGAGGCACGUUCCCUGCUGGGGCUCACGAGCUGUCCUCGGGCUUCUGCUCUGCGUCCCCAUCCGGAGGGUCCGGUGCGGCUGCUGCCCGUCUGGAGGGCCUGGAGGAGCGACCCUGCUGCCUGCGAGAGGAAUAAAAUCACUUCACGGCU